GAAGACUCUCCAACAAGCAGCAUCUCAACAGAACUUCUGAUUUCCAAACAGAGAGAGAUGAAGAGUGCAAACCCAGUGAAGAUGUUGGCGGCGUUUGCUCUGGUUCUGCUGGUAUUCAGUGUGACUGAGGGACGGAUUAUGAAUAAAUGUGAGCUGAAGGCCCAGCUGGACGCCGCUCAGUUCCAGCAGAUCACCGUCAUGGAAGAGACAAUAACCGUGAACAGUCUCAUCUCCAGACUUGUCUGCAAGGCCAGCAUCUCAGCCUUCAACACCAGCUUUGUCAAAAACACCACGGUCCACAAUAAGGAGAUGAAGCCAGCACAGGCCCCACCUCAAGUUGCAUCCCAAGUUCCACCUCAAGCUCCAUCAUCUGGAGCUCCACCUCAGGCUUCACCACGCAGAGGUCCACCUCAAGCUCCAUCAUCUGGAGCUCCACCUCAGGCUUCACCACACAGAGGUCCACCUCAAGCUCCAUCAUCUGGAGCUCCACCUCAGGCUUCACCACGCAGAGGUCCACCUCAGGCUCCACCAUCUGGAGCUCCACCAAAGGUUCCACAAUCUGGAGUUCCACCCAAAGUUCCACCAUCUGGUUCUCCACCCAAGCUUCCACCAUCUGGAGCGCCAUCAUCUCGACUUCCACCUCAGGCUCCAGCUGGAGCUCCACCUAAGCACUAUGCACAGGCUCCCACUAAAGGACCCCGGGGCUCCGGCCACGAGACGCAGCAACCACGUCCGACCACAGCUGCCAAAGUUGUCGGGCACCUGUACGGUGUGUUUCAGCUCAGUGAUCAGCUGGCCUGUGAUUCCGGCAUGAUCCCAUCGCUCAACGUCUGCAACAUGACCUGCUCUGCUUUGACUGAUGACGACAUCACUGAUGACAUUGCCUGCCUGAAGGCCCUGACAAACUUUAUGAAAGCGAAACCCAAAGAGAUCCUAUUUGAUGUUAAGAAGAUUGUGGAGAUGAUGUUGGUGAAGGAGUGUCACUCUGUCGUUCCUCCAAACUACUUUGCUGAAUGUGUUUAAAACAGAUGGAGCAGACUCACUCAAGAUUAGAUUCUUCCUGCUGCAUUCCUUAUGCACAUCAGUCUGAUGCUUUCCAUGGCAACUGUCUUUGAUUGAAUGGUAAUGAGGUCAUUAUGAUGGUGGCGGGAGUUUAAACGAGAGUCUGAAUAUAGGGAGUUUGUGCAUUUUAGUUUAUUACUGUAAUACUGUGAAUGUCUAAACAUAUAUCACUGUAUAAACCUAAACAUCAGUGUAUAAUCCAAUAUGAUUGUGCUGCUGCUGAGUGCUUUUAAAUACUGUCACUUUAUCAUAAAAAAUAAAAUUAACA